GGGACUUUCGCCAAGCCACACGAGGAAACAACGUUGUCAAUCGAGACAGGAUGAUUCCUGUGUUAGUGCGGAAGAAGAAGGCGUUCUGAGUCAAAUAGAAUAAAUAGAGAGUUAAAGAGUCGAAGGGAGAGUUCAGGUAUAUGAAAUUUGUCGAACCAAGAGCAAAAGCAUGUCCAGAUAACGUGGUUUGCCACGUGUACGUUCGCGUUGUAACCUUUAGCUAGCUAGCUAGCUAAGCUAACGCUCAGACGUGCCUUAGCUACUCUCCCUCAUGCACCGUUGGCUUGAAGUGGGUGGCUGUAACUGUUUUUUUACUUCAGUGCCUCAACAACAAGAGAAAUGAAGAGAAAUUGGCGAGGGAGGGGCAAACGCUUCUUUCAUCAUCAUCGGGCAGACUGGAGAAGGAGAGAUCAUUCCACUGACAGAAGUCCCGAGUAUGGCUGGGACCAUGCAACAGCAGGGCCCUCUUCCAGAGCAGCAGAAAGCAGCUCAGACCAAGACACAGCUUCCUCAUCAAGAGCCACUACAGCUGCUCCAGAAUUGCCAGGCUUCUACUUCGAUCCAGAGAAGAACCGCUACUUCCGGCUUUUGCCUGGACACAACAACUGCAAUCCGUUAACAAGAGAAAUGCUGGAGACGAACGAGCAAGAGAAAAAGAGGGCAAAGCUGCUUGUGGAGGAUGAGCACCCGAACAAGAAAGCUCCACGGCCUGGACUUAACUCUGCAUUGCUGUUGCAGAGGAGACAUCUGGGCACGUUGCCCUCAAGCUCCUAUUGUAGGUUGGUCCAUGAGGUGAAGGUCAGUGAGAUGAAACGCCACAAACUGGAGGUGCAGAGCUCUGACUCCAACAGCCCGAACACAGACAACUUCCGCCUCAUUGUGGCUGAUUCAGCUUGUGAGCAGGUGUUCACAGUGAAUGAUGUGUCACAUGGAGGCUGCAAGUACGGCAUCAUGAACUUCCGCGGCUGCAGGAAGGGCUCUCUGUCUGUAGAGAUGUGUGAUAAUCUGUACUUCACUAACCGCAAGAUGACCUCUGUGUGCUGGGCAUCUGUGACUCAUUCAGACUCCCAUGUUCUCUUGUGUUUGGUGGGUAUAUCUCAGACUCCAGGCUGUGUCAGUUUACUGCCUGCUUCUCUGUUCAGUAACUCCAAUCCUGACCAGCCUGGUAUGCUUUGCAGUUUUAAGAUCUCUACAGCCUGGUCUUGUGCCUGGUGCUUGAAUCCACAGGCUGAUAAAACCUUCAGCACAGGUCUUUCGCGACAUGUCAUUGUGACUGAUGCAGUGACUGGACGAAGACAGACGUACAGCACUGGCAGUGAUGUUUUGACCCAACAGUUUGCACUGAGAGCUCCAGUGCUGUUUAACGGCUGCCGUUCAGGGGAAAUCUUCAGCAUUGACCUGAGGCAGCGAGGCCGGGGACGGGACCACAGCUGGAAAACCUGCCGCUUCUAUCAGGACUCCGCUGUCACCUCUGUCCGACUCCUUCAGGAUGAAAACUACCUCCUUGCUGCUGACAUGCUGGGAAAGAUUAAGCUGUGGGACGUUCGUGUUAAGCGAUCAGUAAAGCAGUAUGAAGGUCAUCACAAUGAGUAUGCCUAUUUGCCCCUUCACCUGAGUGAGCAAGAAGGACUGCUGCUAGCAGUGGGCCAGGAUUGCUAUACCCGUCUGUGGAGCCUUAGAGAUGGACAUCUCAUCAGGACCAUCCCCUCUCCACACCCUGCAGGGAAAGACUCCAUCCCCAAUGUGGUUUUCUCCUCUCAGCUGGGAGGCCGCAGAGGACUGCCUGGCCUUCUAAUGGCUGUCCAACGUGAUCUUUAUUACUACCCAUAUAACAGUGACUACCAAGAUUGGACAGCACCAAAAGGACAAGGUUAGGUGGUGACCACACACUUUGUAGUGCUUCAGUGACUUACAGCAAAAGGUAGAUUGUAGACUGUUGUAUAAAACAACAAAAAGAUUAUGUCUAAUUGAAUCUUUGUCUCUGCUGUAGUUGCAUUUAAAUACAUUCAGAGCAUACAUGAACAUGAUAAAUUAACAUGAUGGGCAAUGAUAUAGAGACCAGUUAAGAGUCCUAACAGCUGUGUUCUUUUCUGUUUAGAUUGAAGUGUACUUGUUUGGGGCAUAUGGUCUUUAAUGGAAGAACAAAAUGGAUCACUAGAUUUUUUUUAUAUUAAUACUGCACACAUGGAAGCUACUGGAAUUUUGACCUCCAUAAGUGCAAUUUUAGACUGCAGGAUGUGAGGACUAUGCUUUAGAGAUGAACUUUUCAUUUAACUCUCUUUGUAUAGCUUUUGUAAAACAAAAAACAUCUAUUUCAGUGUAAUUCACAAACCAGUGUCCAUGAAAUCCAUGAUACCAAUAAACUUCUGUGAGAGAGAG